GCGUCGUCGCACGCGUUCGAUGAAAGUCCACUACCGGAAUUCAUGGCUUUCUAUCACAUUUCCAAUACAUACUAGACAUCAUUUAAAAACAAAAUAUGAAUUGUCAAUAUAACUGGCAAUGAAUAACCGUGAUUAGUUAUCACACAAUAUUUAAAUGUCGAAUGAAAAAUUCGAAAAAGUUCAAGUUCGAAGUGAAAGAUUUUUUUUUGUGCAACGAAAGUGAAUAAUUUGAUAGUGUAUGAAUUCAAUAUCAGCUGCUUGGUGAAACAAAUAAGUGUACCUGUUUAAUUUUAUCGAAGAUAUUCGAAUGGAAAAUUUGAGAUUUCAUCAAAAUGGAUCUAAGGAAUCAAAUCCCGAUAGAGCGUUGCCGCACACUGCACCAUGGGUCAAGAACAGUCAUACGCUGGGCAUAGCAUACCGCAAGUGAGAAGAUAUAAGAACAAAUACGACUCACAGUGCAGGACUCCCAUUGACUACAGGUCGAGCGACUUCGACGACACAGACUAUAAGCGACACAAAAUUAGAAGAAGUGCCGACAGCUACAGAAGCGACAACUCCUCAAUCGAAAGCAGCGGGUACAGAAGCGGAUCCAGCGCUUACGAAUGUCACUCCGAAAGAUCCUCCAAAAGUGAUUACUACUGCACGUCUUUAUACAAGAACGACCAUUAUAAGGACGUCAAUAAAGAAUUAUAUAAGCCCGUCAAGAUUCCCAAGGAGAAACGUUACAAAUUGCAGCUUUUUGAUGUCGAAAACGAAGAAUUGAAAACUGCACGACUCAAUAGUUACUUGAGUGACACUGAAGCUCACUCGAAAACGUCCACGCAAAAGAAAGGUGGUAUAAGGAAUUACACGCCUAAAAUACUCGAAGAAGAGCAGAAGAAAAAAGUUGAUAGGAGAAUAUAA